AUGGACGAAACACCACGAGCCUGUCUUCUCGGAUUACCCGCUGAACUACGCCUGACGGUCUUCGAGUGGGCGCUUGCCGAUUCGCAUGUCAACCUCCGCCAUCAAAGAAAGAGACCAACAGAAGACAUCCGAAACCCCUGGGCAUAUCUCCAAAUCAACAGUCAAAUUCGACAAGAAGUCCUUCCAAUAUUCUACGAGACAGUGGCAUUCAAGCUUCAGGAUGGGAUGACCGAACCGAAACUGCAAUCUUGGCUUGAAUUCAUCGGGCCUGAAGCCACCGCGAGGAUCAAGAAGGUGGAGUUCAACUGCAAAGGCAGAUGUGCUAUGUUUGGUCUGCAGCCGGACACGGAUUAUUGCCACCGUGAAGUCUGUCUCGAUCUCACGACCACCCGCCCUGCCAACGACGUGGAACUCUUGAACGCUGCUGUUGAUAGCUUCAAAGAGGAUCACCGCUCGUUGCUGUGCUCGAAUGAUGCAAUCAGCUGUUGGGACGAUACUUGGAAGAAUGCUCGUAGACAAGUUGGGUUUUGGAUGAGAACGAGUGAUGGCACGAUCGAUGCGGCGCUUAUCACUCAGCUUUUGUUGACUAUGUUUCACGUUCUGGAGAUUGAUCAUAGCACCUCUGCUGCAUGA